UGGCUUGCUCUGACCUCACAAUGAGCCACUGUGAGGAAUGACUGAUACCUGGGCAUAUAACACAGUGCCUAGGGCUGGGUUUUGUCCUUCUAGUACAGAGAGCUGUUGGGUGGUGAUCUGUGGGACUUGGACUUUGGUGAAAGUUUUGGACCUGGAUAUUGGUUGACGUUUUGGACUUGGACGCUGGUUACUUGUUAAUCUUGACAGAUUGGUGUUGAUACCGAGCAUUUAUAUCAACAAAGAUGCAGACUAGCGAAGCAGCUCAAGGCCUCAAGAACAAGCCCUUUGACGAAGAGGCUUUAACCGAACAGUAUGAAAUCCUAACAACCCUUGGGCGAGGGGCAUUCGGAGAAGUAAAACUGGCUAGCCAUCUACUCACCCAGGCAAGGGUAGCAGUAAAAGUUCUUCCCAAAGACAGAAAGAACAGCUUCAUCAAAUCAGGAAUUGAAAUAAUGAAAUCUCUAGACCAUCCCAAUAUUACUAAACUUUUGCACAUCAUCGACACCGCAAAUAAUACUUACAUGGUCAUGGAACAUGCCACACGGGGAGACCUAAUGGUCAGGAUUGCGGAGUUGGGCUACCUACCAGAGGAGGAGUCCCGUAAGCUAUUUAAACAGAUGGUGUGUGCCCUCCAAUAUUGUCACAGGAAAGGGAUUGCUCACAGGGCAUUAACGCCCAAAAAUAUUUUAGUGGAUGGCAAAGGAAAUAUAAAACUCAGCGACUUUGGUUUGGGCACCAAGCUUACCACAGAGCAGAAGCUAGCAUAUUUCUGUGGGACCCUUCCUUACUGUGCCCCAGAACUCUUUGAAGAAAAAGACUACAAUGAACUUGCCACCGACGUUUGGAGCUUGGGUGUUGUUCUCUACUUUAUGUCAACAGGGUGCCUCCCUUUCAAGGGAAAUACCUUUGGCGGACUAAAGCAGAAGAUCUUGGCAGGCAAGUACACUACUGAAUUCAAGCUGUCUCCAGAGCUGUGGGACGUUAUUGCUAAGUUGUUAACUGUAAAUCGUGGACAAAGACCAACAAUAGAUGACGUUGUGGACUUUCAGUGGCUAAAGGAUGGCAAUGAAGUUUCUCCCAAUCCCUUUAGAGAGAACGAUGAGGACAGCUACGCAGACCCCACUGUGAUGGUCGUCAUGGGCAUCAUGGGUUACAAGCAAGGAGAGAUAAGGGAAGCUUUACGGGAGAAAAAGUUUGAUGCGAUGAUGGCCACCUACUUGAUUCUUAGGCAGUCGACCUGGAGGAACAACUUUAUAAAACUACUUAAGCCCAAGCAGUCCGAUGGAACCUUCAACCUUGUAGGCUGUCCCACGCUACCAAAAGUGACUAUAAAGAGGGGAUCUAGUGUCCCUACCCUUCCCACCUCCAUUUUGCCCACUCUACCUGAGUGUCCCGAGAACGACAAAAAGUGUAGAACGUGGUCCAAUGUGCCUCCCACCCUGAACGGCCCUUACAAAGGAACAGCCCCCAUUUACAGAAUCUGCUCCCAGCACCUACAUGAGGAUCACUUCAUGAACAUCAGCUGGGGGGAUGCAGAGAGCACUCUUGACCCCUCCGAUGAAAUAUGUACCAGAGUGUCUUCAGUCCUGGAAGCUUAUUUCAGCCAGUUAUCCCUGGAUGUGUCCAAAGCUGGCCCUAACAAUCCAAAGGACACAGCGUCCUCACAGGAUGAUUUAUCUCAUCACCCCUCUGUGGAGGAGGUUCAGUGCAAAGAGGUCACCUCAGGAGCUCUCCCACAAAGCUCACCUCAGGAGGACCUCAGGCGGCAGCCCCACAGUGUGCCUACAGCUGGUUCAAAGAACAAGACCUCACAGGAUAGAUCACCUCCGUUCUCCAGCGAGGAGGCCCAGGAUGAGGGUCCCAUUGUAGAAGAGGAAGACCUCAGCCCGUCCUCCCCAGAAACACACCAGGGACAGCUCAGUGGCCAGGGCCAGACUGCACCCAGAACCCCCUUUAGAAAGCGGGUUUGGAAGAGCAUACAGAAUAAGAUAACGAAAGGCCUGAGAUGUUUAUGUUGCUGCCUACCAACAGAAAGGAGGGAGCACCUAGCCAGCAACCAAACCCUGUCUGUGAGCCCAAAUAGCCAUGGAGGCAGCCGAGGAGACAGUGCUGGUGGAGGCACUGUACCCCUCCGAAGCUGAAACCCAAGAGUGGAGAGCAGCGUGCUGAGGAUGCACACAGGCGCGGGGGGAGAGCCAGCCUCCUGUCUCCAGGUGUACCUGUGAGCCAUUAGAAGAGACAAGCGGUACUGGAGGCAGAGGAAGACCCCAGAGGUCCUGACCAUUCUGCAUGCCUUCAAGAUGAAUAUUGCUGACCAGGUUGGAGCCAGAAACAGAGGAAGGAGUUUGCAGGGAUUGUCCAUCUUGUGCUCAUUUGGGAAGGUAGAGUGUAUGGGAACAGGUGAGUCCAUUAGUUAUGGUGCAGCUCAAAGCAUCAACCUGGCCUACUAGACAGCUUGCUUCCUAUCCCCGCCAAGAUCCAGACACCUUCACAACUCUCCCUACACUAUUAUUGGUGAACCUCCUUGUGGCUUUGCAACCUGAGUCAUAUGGAUACACUCUUUUGUACUCAGUGUCUGGACAGACAGGGACACACACACACACACACACACACACACACACACACACACACACGCUUCUCCCAAUGUACUUUGUGCACAGUUAACACAAGUGAAGUUGGUUUGAACUGGAGAGGACUUUCAUUCCAAUCAAUGUAAUUUCACAUUUCAUGUGAUUUCCCUCCUGGAAAUGCCUCGACACUCCUCUUACUCAGCUUGUUCCUGUCUCCACCCCCACCCCAAACACUCACCACUCUGCUCUACUGCUUCACGGGAGCCAUGUGAAGCCAGCACAUGCCACGGUGCACACUUUGCCACAAGGCAUCCAGUGGUGUGCAAGGUAAGGCCCACCAGCUGUGCUUUGAGUGGAAGCAAGGUGAAGUCUGGAGAGUCUGACAGUUGAAUUGAGAGAUGGAGCUGGUUCCAUGCAUGAUCGUGGAUGAGAACCUGUUGAUGGAAAAUCAAUGGCAACCCCUGGUCUGACAGUGAGGGCGUUCCUUUGAGUGGCUAAUAGUCUCCUACCAUAUUCCCACCUCCUAAGAUAACUCAGACAGUUAAAGGGUUUUAAGGGAUCAUAUUUGUACCCCUCCUUAGGCCCACACUCUAGUACACCCCAAGAUCACACUCUACUAUACCCCAAGAUACUAUUUUCAACAGUAUAUCACACAAAGAUCCCACCUUCUUUCUUUCUUACAUCCUGUAGGGACGUUGCUCUUGCUGAAGCUUUGAUCUCCAGGCAGCAGGCUGGGAAAGACUGGUGCCUCUGCUGCCUGUGUGACCCUAGGCUGGGGCUACCAAUGAGACUCCCGGGACUACAUUCAGCAAGAGACAUUUUUAACUGGAUGGUGCUUAAAGCAGGAGAUGACACUCAAGCCCUAACACACUGGAUGGAAGAGGGACACAGAGGUCUCCUUGAUGGAAGAGGCUUCUUCUGAUUGACAGAAAAUUUGGACCAGAACCGGAGACCUACAAGCAGGUGGACUAAGACGAACAAGAGAAAAUGUCUGCUGAUCCAGGUGAAGAUCAGCCAUUGAGGAUAUGCUCAGAGAGCUGGGCCCAAGAGUGCUCUGCAGACCUGUUAUCAAGAAAGACAGGCACCUGGACAAAAAGAUAUAUGGCACAAAUAUCUCUGAAUAAAGAGACUGUUUUCUUACUACAAUAAACUUCUUUGUAUAUUUGAACCACA